GCCGCGGCGCCCCCGCCAGGCUCUCCGGGUUCACUUUCGGUCUCUCACUCUGUGAGACACAGACGGCAGCUUUCCGAGCGAGCAGGGUACAGGCUGAGGCGGCGCCAGCACAACUGCCGCCGUGCGCCCCGAGGAGACCUGGGCACGAGGAAACAAGGCGAAGCCGGGACUCCUUCCCCCGAGCCGACCGGCAGCUUCGCGCCCCCGCGCGACACCCUUCGCAGCCACUUCGCGGGGCGGGCCAGGACUUGGGGACGCGGCUAGGAAAGAGCCGGGGCGGGCGGCGGCGGCACCGGCGCGAGGGUUCGCGCACUGCGACUGGAGAGGAGUGAGUGGCGGGCUGGGCGGCGGCGGCCGUAGCCUCGGGUGCCUCCCCGCCUCACCGCUUAGCAGGCAGCACCGCCUCCCGGGCCGCGGCCGCCCGGCCGGGUCCUCUGCGCGUUCCCGGGCCCGGAGCCGGCGCACGAUGCGCCCGGCUGCGUUCUGAUCGCCGCCGCGCCUCAGCCUCCACCGCGAUGAUCCCCCCUGAGCAGCCGCAGCAGCAGCUGCAGCCGCCGCCGCCAGCCCCGCCGAACCAUGUGGUGACCACCAUCGAGAACCUGCCGGCCGAGGGCAGCGGCGGCGGCAGCGGGAGCCUAUCCGCCUCCUCCCGGGCUGGCGUGCGCCAGAGGAUCCGCAAAGUGCUGAACAGGGAGAUGUUAAUCUCUGUGGCCCUGGGCCAGGUGUUAUCCCUCCUUAUUUGUGGAAUUGGCUUGACUAGCAAGUAUCUGUCAGAAGAUUUCCAUGCCAACACACCAGUCUUCCAGAGUUUCCUCAAUUACAUUCUUCUCUUCUUGGUCUAUACCACCACACUAGCCGUCAGACAAGGAGAAGAAAACCUCUUGGCAAUUUUACGACGAAGAUGGUGGAAGUACAUGAUUUUGGGACUCAUAGACCUGGAAGCAAAUUACCUGGUGGUCAAGGCUUACCAAUACACAACGCUGACCAGUAUCCAGCUCCUGGACUGUUUUGUGAUCCCAGUUGUGAUUUUGCUCUCCUGGUUCUUCCUGCUGAUCCGGUACAAGGCUGUGCAUUUCAUCGGCAUCGUCGUCUGCAUCCUGGGAAUGGGCUGCAUGGUGGGAGCAGAUGUGCUUGUGGGAAGACAUCAGGGAGCAGGACUGCUCUACGUUGGCUUUAGUGCCUGCAUGUUUGGUCUCUACAGCUUUAUGCCAGUCGUCAUAAAGAAAACCAGCGCCACUUCAGUCAACCUCUCUCUGCUCACAGCAGACUUGUACAGCCUGUUCUGUGGAUUGUUUCUCUUCCACUACAAGUUUUCAGGACUUUAUCUCCUGUCUUUCUUCACCAUCCUCAUUGGGCUGGUGCUCUACUCCUCCACCUCCACCUACAUAGCCCAGGACCCCCGAGUGUAUAAGCAGUUCCGCAAUCCUUCAGGACCUGUUGUGGACUUACCGACCACAGCUCAGGUGGAACCCUCAGUCACCUACACCAGCCUGGGCCAGGAGACCGAAGAGGAGCCUCAUGUUCGUGUGGCCUAGGGUGAGGCCCGCCCUGCCCACUGAGGCCAACUCAUUGGCCAUGUUUUUGCCCAUCAUCUCUGUAUUGUACAUAGAGAAAGGUAUUUACUAGGUGCAGUUUACACAGGUGGACUGCAAGGUAGCAAAUCCUCUGAAAGCUUGUGAAAGGAGCAAGCUCAACAUCACUGGAGACACAGGCUCUAAUCCACCUGACUCGGAAAGAUGCCUAGCUAAUGUGUAUCCUGAUCACAACUCCCCUGCGUUCAUUACUGUGAAAACCUUUGAAUCAAAAGCAAGUAUUAUUGUUAUUAUGAUUUGUAUUAUUAUUAUUGUUACUGUUAUCACACCAACUUUCAGGAGGAUGUUUUGUACUCCUGAUGGAAACUAUUGCCAGACCCACAUGUAGUCAACAUAAACCCCACUUUUCUAUGGCAAUUCACUUUUUAAGAGUCAUACUUUAUUUUUUUGCACAGACUAUAUGAGUGAUGCAUGCCACAGGAGCUCCACCCCUGAGAAGUUUCCUUAUCCUAGGGACCUGGUGGCUCAUGGUUUCCUCUGUUACCUGUUGGAUUGCCUGCUCAAUAAGUAUUUUGUGCUGUGACCUUUGUAGGGAGGGGCAACUGACCAUAUAAUUCUCUAUUCUAGGAAUAGAUAUAAAAGAAACAUUUUAGCCUUUUUAUAUUUUGAUCUCUGAUUACUCCAGGCCAUUGCCUUUCUGUUGUGCCACAUGAUUCUGCUAAUCAAGUCCCUGUAAUAACAAGAUAAGGACUGUUCCAUUUCUGUGGCUUUUGGGAGCCCCCAGAAAUAAUAUCAUUUGUGUUUAGGGCAAUAUAUAAUUAUAAAAUCUUUCUGCCCCUCCCUGUAGCCUCUCUUCAAAAACUAUCUUUUCUUUUUUUUCUAGAUUUCCUUAGUGAUAAUAUGGAAAUUAAUCAAGGCGCUGGAAAAAGCCAUGGUUCUCUGCCCUUUUAAUUCUGUGACACCUUUUUAAAAAUACACCAGCAUGGAAAUUACCUUUAUUGUGGAAAAUCAUUGGUUGUGCCACCUCCUAACAAAGUCAAGGUGCUGAUGUGGAGCAGUCUUUGAAAAUGGCUUAAUUGAUCUGGCCACUUUGCAGUGGUAACGAAGUCAUCGUUGAAAAAGUCUGGCAUUUUGGUCAUAUUUGGCAUCCAUUCAAUAACAGGUAUAUUGACACAACAUUCUUAUGGACACAGAGAAUACUGCAGGAUCCUGAUAAGACUAUGAAUGAUAUGUCACUAGUCUAAUCUGUUGCCCUUAAAAUAGCCCUUUUUUCAAACACAGGAAAUUAAGAAACACCACAGACCUCUAGUAUUUAGAAAAGAUUCUAUGUGUCAGUAUGUAACGUACUCUUUUAGUUUGGCUGACUUCAAUACCGUUCAAAAAGAUCCUCAAUGGAGUUACAGGGUUUAUAGGGGAAAAAUACAUGUUUAUGAGACAUUGGGCAAUUUAAAUCAAUGUAUGUUACACAAGCAAGCAAAGCAAAACACCAGUGGGGUCUCUGGAAAGUAAGAGGACAGACUACAGUAGAAGGACUGAUCCCAGAGUGCCUGUACAAGGCCUAACUCUGGCAGGCAAAAGCAUCCCACACUGUCUGUCAGCACCCACAUUGCCUUUUUGCCUGCCUUCUACACUGGGUGAGUGGACUUACCCUUGGAGAUGGAGAAGAAAAAUUCUCUUCUCUGAUAUUCAGAUGUAAUGGUCAUCUCAGUUCAGCCCCCUAGGAAACAUGUUUUAUUUUCCGUGGGGAAAGUAUCAGCGUUAAAGCUCUAUCAAAUCAAAACAACUGUGCCAACAUCAUCUCUCUGCUACCUUUCAACCAAUUAAAUACCUUUCUCUGAAUAUUUUGUCCAUUCAGAUCCGAAGACCUUUAAAGACUGUGGUUUUAUUUUUGUGUUUACAUUCCUUUGGUUUGAAUAAUUUGCUUGAUUUAUUGCAUUUUUAGUAUUUAUUUUAAGCCAGAUGUUUUCGUCUUUGAUUCAUUUUUAUGACAUUGAUUUGUAGACACUUAGUAAAGUCUUAUGAGAAGCAAGCGGAUGAAAUUAUUUCCAAGUCCACUCAGUAGACUGAAGUUUUUUAAAAAUAUAAAUUUCCAAAAAGUUUGCAAUCAACAGAUGGCUAAAGGUUGCCAUCUGAAUUAUUUUAUAGGAUAUUUUAAUUGACUCCAUUGUAUGGAAACCAAGUGUGAAUGUUCAGAUGAACUCGCUGUAUACCCUUUAUCAUUCAGUAUCCUCGUACUGAGACUUUCAUGUCCCUGGGUGACCUCAAUGUGUUGGUUUGUCUCCAUUUAGAAAGGUUGAUAAUAUAUUGAAUUGUUCAAGAUCAGGAGUUCCAGACUGACCCUUCAGGAAAAAAAAAAAAAAAAAAAUUGCAAAGAACAAAUUCUUUUUCUGUGUAAAAAACAUUGAUCCUUUGGGAAUGGGGUGGGAAAUGGGAGUAGGACAACAUUAACUUUAGCUGUUUUAGUUUCUGAGAUUUCAUAACCUCAGUAGACACCAGCAAAAAUUUCAGUUUUUCAGUCCACAAUCAAUCUCUCCUCAAUGAAUAAGACUUUAGCAAUUUGUGCAGAAUUUGAUCGGGUAAAAGCAAACUACAAUUCUCCUAAACCCUGCUAGAGAUUAAGUGGUGGUUCUCACUUCCUCAAUGAAAACUUGCACUGGGGACAGCGCUUGCCUUGGUCAGACCUUCCCACAUCUACAGACUCUCAAAUACAUGACCAGGUGACCAAGCAAUGGAAAAAUUUGCACCACCAUGUCCCAUGAAAUUGUUUCAAUGUUUAGUUUAGAUAUUGCUAACUUGUGCUAUUAACCUUUUGACAAGCGUGUAGUAUUGUUUGUUUUGGGUUUCUUUUUGAUUUAUAACUAUUUAGUAGUCCCCAGCUAGCUACCAGUACAGAUUUUACCCCAUGGGUAGGAUUCUAUUGUUAAGCCACAUAACAAAGCACACUAAUUCUGACAACACUGCAGAUGGAAAAUACGAACCAAAAAAAAUUUACACCGAUAAGUUCAACAAACUGUCCAUUUUUGAUAUUUGCAUGCUCCCCUAUGGACUGGCUGUGGCAAUGUAAUGCCUGUAUAAUGUUUUCAAAUAAAAAUAAAUGCUUUAUGAAAGCACCGAA